ACUCCCUACCAAUUCCAUGACUCGCGAUCCUUAGCGAGCUGCCAGUCCAUUUCAUCCCGAUCCUCUGCCCCCGCAGCGGAGCGGUUUGCGUUGGCGGAGUUGCAGCGGCGCCGUCGCGCAGAGCAGGAAGAAUGGCGACCAACGUAGUGGUGGACCUGCGGUCGGACACGAUCACCAAGCCCACGGAGGCCAUGCGCGCCGCCAUGGCCGCGGCCGACGUCGACGACGACGUCCGGGACGGGGACCCCACCGCGCGGCGGUUCCAGGCGGAGAUGGCGGCGCUCAUGGGCAAGGAGGCCGCGCUGUUCGUGCCCUCCGGGACCAUGGCCAACCUCGUCUCCGUCCUCGUGCACUGCGACGUCCGGGGCAGCGAGGUCAUCCUCGGGGACGACUCGCACAUCCACCUCUACGAGAACGGGGGGAUCUCCACCAUCGGCGGCGUGCACCCCACGACCGUCAGGAGCAACCCCGACGGCACCAUGGACAUCGACAAGAUCGUCGCUGCCAUCAGGCGUCCGGACGUGAUAUAUUACCCGACCACCAGGCUGAUCUGUUUGGAGAACACACAUGUCAAUUCGGGUGGAAAAUGUUUAUCUGUAGAAUACACUGACAAGGUUGGAGAAAUUGCCAAGAGUCAUGGCCUGAAGCUCCACAUUGAUGGAGCUCGCAUUUUUAACGCCUCUGUGGCACUUGGAGUUCCUGUAGGCAGACUUGUGAAAGCUGCUGAUUCAGUUUCGGUAUGCCUAUCGAAAGGUUUAGGCGCCCCCGUUGGAUCAGUUAUUGUUGGUUCAAAGGCCUUCAUUGACAAGGCCAAAAUUCUUAGGAAGACCCUAGGUGGUGGAAUGAGGCAGGUUGGAGUUCUCUGUGCUGCUGCCCAUGUUGCCGUUCGCGAUUCUGUGGAGAAGCUUGCGGAUGACCACAGAAGGGCUAAAGCUUUGGCAGAGGGACUGAAUAAGAUGGAACAGUUUACAGUGGAUUCGACUUCAGUCGAGACUAAUAUGGUGUUCUUUGACAUUGUGGAUUCACGCAUAUCAUCUUACAAGCUGUGUCAAAUCCUGGAAAAGCACAAUGUGCAUGUAAAUCCAAGGAGUCCAAAAAGUGUCAGGCUUGUCCUCCACUACCAUAUUUCAGAUAGCGAUGUUCAAUAUGCACUGACAUGUUUUGAGAAAGUUGUUGAAGAACUGCUGACGGGUGGUGCAAAAAUCGAGCAUUUGGCAGAUGGUACAUCCAAAAACUCAUACGGGUACUAGAACACUAGUUCAGUUCGUUUCUACCGUUCUGAUGUAUCAGCUCAGUGCCCCGGCUUGUUUGCGAUCGACGCUAGCUAUUGAAGAAUAAGUGUUUGCUGUUCACUCUUUGCUUGGACCUGUACAUUCUUGUUUCAUAGUUAACCUUCCCAGAAUUGCUUUACCAGCUUUCACUUGCUGGAGAUAAAAUAAAUCUUCUCCUAAA